CCUAAACCCAAAGCUCUUUGGCGUUCGGUUGGUAAUUCCAUCUGAAUUCGUGGUUACACAGACUACCGAUCCAACAUUGGCUUCUUCUUCUUCCCCCUCCUUGAAUUUUUCUUAGAUUUAGGUCGAAGCGCUCAUUUUAUUUGUUGUAGCAAGAACAGGUAGAAAAUUGAGCUCCUGAGCGGAUUUGCUCGCCGGAUUGCUGGAGUUUUCUUCUUUCUUUUCUGAUCGUUUCCUGAUUAGAUGCGAUGUCGGCGAAAUGGAGGGCGAUGCAGCAUCGCCAUAAAUGGACUUACGGCGUUGUGAAUUUCCCAUCUCGCAUACUGGAAAUACUCCGGGAUUCGGAAUUCUCUGAUUCGGCGUUCUUCCAGAGAUUGAGGGAGUUCGCGUCUCUGAACUCCACUUAUCUUCAGGUGAAUGCGGCGAAAGACGUCGCUUCGGCGUUCCUUGAGCUUGUCUCCGGUGGCGGAAAUCAUCCUGCGGGUCUCGUUGAUUUGGCCAUCCGCUUGUAUCUUGAGAUCCUGUUUUUAGAUAAUUCUCUUCCCGUGCAUCGAGCUCUCAUUUCUGUCCUAGCGAAGAACCGCUCGUUGUCGAGCCAUCGACCAGCUAUCGGGCGGUGUUUUAAGUUGCUCUGUGGUGAAUAUGGUGUUGCGGGCAGGCGGUUCUCGAUUGCCCGGGCAUCGUUGUCGCUGAUUAGUUACCCAGGAGUUGGGUUUCUCGCAGAGACGGUCGGAAAUUGUUGCGGGGAAGUGGCGUCCGAUAUCUGUAACGGGUUGAAAUCGGUUUUUCAAGAGAUUAGAGAUGGUUCCAGACCGUCGCCGGUGGUCAUGGAGCAAUGCCAAGAUGCCAUGUCUUGCUUGUAUUAUGUACUCCAACGCUUUCCAUCACAAUUUGCUAGUUUGGAAGGAGCCGAAGAAUCCUCAGGGGUUUUUGAUGUUGUAGUUAAUGCUGUUUUCAAUGUUCUCAAAUCGUCUGAGUUCUCGAGAGAUUGUUUGGUGGGUGCGGGGGUGAGUUUAUGUGCUGCUUUGCAAGCUUGUAUGAGCCAUUGGGAGCUAGCCAUCUGUAUAUCCUCUGGGGUUUUUGGUCGCCCUGGUUACAGUUUUAAUGCCGUCUCCAAGCAGGAGACUUUGGAGAAUAACCAUUCUGAUAGUGCGAAAUUGGUGGGUUAUGGUCGUAAAAUGAAGGAGAGGUUGACUUCUGACAUCCAAUCUCUAUCUGUUUUAAGUAGGAUGUGUUUGCUUAGAGGCAUUCUUACCACCGUUCCUCGACCUGUUCUCAAUAUGCAAUUUAUUCUCUCUGCUGAUGGCUAUGGAUCAAAUGAUGCGGUAGUGUGGACUAUCCUUUUUGAUGGUGUUCUCUCCGAACUUUGCGAGUAUUGUGAGAACCCAAGCGAUAGUCAUUUCAAUUUCCAUGCUCUAACCGUGACGCAGAUAGCUUUGCAGCAGGUAAAAACUUCUUUCAUCUCAGGCCUUCUAAACACAUCGUCCGACUAUGUUCCAUUUUCGGAUUCGUUGGCUAAUCGUAUGCUGAGGAUAAUCUGGAACAAUUUAGAGGACCCCCUGAAUCAGACGGUAAAACAGGUUCAUCUCAUAUUCGAUCUUUUCUUGGAUAUCCAAUCGGUGGUUUUUAGUCGUUUGAAGCUGGAUAUAAAAUCGUUUUACUCCAAGAUUGCUGGUGAUCUAUUGAAUCUAAGUGGUCGUUGCAAGGGAAGAUACGUGCCCUUAGCAUCCCUUACGAAGCGUUUGGGUGCAAAAGCUCUCCUUAACAUGUCUCCAAAAGAACUACUCUCUGAGACAAUUCAAGCUUAUAUAGAUGACGAUGUAUGUUGUGCUGCGACUUCAUUCUUGAAAUGCUUCCUUGAGUUGCUGAGAGAUGAAUGCUGGCAGAGUGAUGGUAUAGAGGGAGGAUACAUGUCUUUUAGGCGGUUUUCGUUGCCUCCUAUUUUACGGGGGCUUGUAUCUGGUUUGCGUAAGUUGCGAUCUAAUUUGAACACCUACGCACUUCCCUUGAUACUUGAUGUUGAUGUGGACAGCAUAUUCCCCAUGCUGGACUUUGUGUGUGAUGGACGCAGCACGCAGGAGCACGGAAUUGUUACGCACGGUGAACUUCUGGCUGAACUCCCCUUACAUCUUAAUGAAGACCAGCGCGUAACUUCAUUAGUCUCUCUGCUGAAGGUAGCUAGGUCACUUGCUUUAAUUGAAGGAGACAUAAAUUGGUGGUGCAACUCUCUAUCAAAUGGUACGGAAGAAGAAAACGAGCAUGAAUUUGCAGUCAUUCACAUUAAAGGAAUAGAAAUCAAGGUUCUGGUGAAGUGGCUUGAGUCUGCACUCUCUCAUGUUGAUGACAUCCUCCGUAUAGAUGCUGCAGAAUCUUUGUUUCUAAAUCCUAAAACUUCCAGUUUACCAUCUCCAUUAGAACUGAGCCUCAUGAGGAAAACGAUUCCUUUGAAUAUGCGAUGUUCUUCAACUGCUUUUCAGAUGAAAUGGACAAGUCUGUUUAGGAAGUUCUUCUCUCGUGUGAAAACUGCCCUAGAGAAGCAGGUAAAGAUAGGUUGCUGGAAACCUCUUUUACAAUUGAAAGUUAAAUCAGACACAUUAGAAUCAGAGUCUUCUAUAGUCUGUCACAUCAAUGGCAGUACAGAAAUGGUAGAGCAAAAAGCUUAUGAUCUGUUUUGCUUUAUGAAGUGGUUGAGCCGCUUCCUGUUCUUCUCAUGCUAUCCCUCUGCUCCAUAUGAGAGGAAGAUGAUGGCAAUGGAUCUGCUUGUUAUAAUGAUGAACGUUUGGCCUAUUACGCCUUCAGGAAAUUCUCUUAAUGAUCCUUCCUCAACUUGCACCAACUCUCUUUAUCCAUAUAGUGGGGAGCUUGUUUGGUCAGAUUCAACUUUGUCAUUAGUUGGGUCAAUAGUUGAUAGCUGGGAUAGAUUACGGGAGAGUUCCUUUCACAUCCUUCUGGAUUUUCCAACACCUCUACCUGGGAUUUCCAAUGAAGAUAAAGUCAAGGAAGUGAUUGUGUGGGCGAAGAGACUUGUGUGUAGUCCACGUGUUAGGGAGAGUGAUGCUGGGGCUUUGACCCUGAGGCUUAUUUUUAAGAAGUAUGUUUUGGAUCUUGGAUGGGUCGUAAAGGUUUCAGAUAAUGUUGUUGUUUCGCAGAAUCACUUUGCAGAUGGUUUCACAAAAGCUUCUAUUCCUGACAGGUCUGUUCACUGGAGUCAUACUUGCAAAUCUAAGAGUCCUCUGUCAGAAUAUGUCCUGUCACUUGUUGAAUGGUUGCAAAUUGGUGUUGAGGCAGGUGAAAAAGAUCUAUCUGAAGCAUGCCAGAGUAGUUUUGUCCAUGGAAUACUGCUUUCUCUACGUUACACCUUUGAGGAGCUAGAUUGGAAUUCAGAAGUGGUAACAGGGAUUAAUUCUGACAUGAAGGUAGCGUUGGAGAAGCUCCUAAAAUUGGUUACGAGGAUAACUUCCUUGUCACUCUGGGUAGUAUCUUCAGAUGCAUGGUAUAUGGCUGAUGACCUCGAUGAUCAAGUUGAAGAUGGCUCUCUUCUUUUGGAUUUGACAGGUAAGGUUGGGUCAGGUGAGUCAUUGUCAGUAAUGCAGAAUGAGGAGUUGAAACAUGUAGAUGACUCCGGGCCAGCAGAACACAUUGUUAUGGUGGGGUGUUGGCUUGCUAUGAAAGAGGUCAGUCUUCUUCUGGGAACCAUCACAAGGAAGAUCCCACUGCCAAGCUGUGUUUCUUGUUUUUCAGAUGCAUCUGAUAGGACAGACAAGUUUUCUGUAGCUGUUGACAUGAAGGAGACAUCAUUCGAUGGGAUUCUUGAUGCGAAACAACUAGAGAGCAUAGGCAUGAAUUUCUUGCAGGUUCUUUUGAAGAUGAAACACAAUGGUGCCAUUGAUAAGACCAGGGCUGGAUUUACAGCACUUUGUAAUAGACUUCUUUGUUCAAAUAAUCCAAGACUUUGCAAGAUGACAGAGUGCUGGAUGGAGCAGCUGAUGCAAAGAACUAUAUCCAAGGGGCAAACUGUGGAUGACUUGUUGAGGAGGAGUGCUGGGAUUCCUGCUGCCUUUAUUGCCCUUUUCCUUGCGGAGCCAGAAGGAACACCAAAGAAGCUUCUCCCUCGAGCACUUAGGUGGUUGACUGAUGUGGCGAAUACUUCACUUGCUGCUGUAGGUGAAGAUAGUCACUUAAAUGGGAACCCAAGAAAUGUGUUUUGCAUGGUGGAUCAAGUCUCCUCUUCAUCAGAAGAAUGUGGAAGAGCCUCCAAGAUCCGAGAUGAGGGUGUGAUCCCUACAGUUCACGCAUUCAAUGUCCUUAGAGCUGCAUUUAAUGAUACAAACCUUGCAACUGAUACUUCAGGCUUCUGUGCUGCAGCUUUGAUUGCUUCUAUAUGUGCAUUCUCUUCACCAUACUGGGAGAUUCGAAAUAGUGCUUGUCUUGCAUAUACUGCCUUGGUUCGUCGGAUGAUUGGAUUUCUUAAUGUGCACAAACGUGAAUCAGCAAGGCGUGCGCUAACUGGUUUGGAGUUUUUCCAUAGGUACCCAAUCUUGCAUUCAUUCAUAUUCGACAAACUAAAGGCUGCAACCGAUUGGAUUGGAGAUGUUAACCAACAGCAUCCAGGACAUAAUAUGGCAGCGGUUGUGCACCCGAGCUUGUGCCCUAUCUUGAUUCUCUUAUCCAGACUGAAGCCUUCUGUGAUUGGAUCUGAUAGCAGUAGUUCAUUAGAUCCUUUUGUCUUUAUGCCAUUUGUCAGGCAGUGUGCAACUCAGAAUAAUCAGCGCAUACGUGUUCUUGCAUCAAAAGCUUUAAGUGGCUUGGUAUCCAAUGAGAGACUGCCUGCCGUACUCUUGUAUGUUGCAAGUGGGCUACCUUGCGGGAAAAGUGUAACAUCAGUGUCAGGAUGCACCUGCAUAGGUCCCGUUAGCUUUGGUAUGAACAAAUUGAUUGAGGUUGGGAAGCCACACGUUGCUUCUGCAAAUGCAAUCCAUGGGAUACUUUUGCAGUUGUGUUCACUUAUUAAUGUUAAUUGUAGGAACUUGACAGAUGAUAACAAGAAGGAUCAGCUCCUAGGUGAGUUAUUUGCAGUACUUGUCAAUUGCGCAUGGAUUGGCAGGGUUAAGUCAUGCUUAUGCCCCACACUGACGGCAGCUUAUUUGGAACUUUUAGCUCAUAUGCUUGAUAUUGCAAGAAAUUGCCAGACAAGUAACCAUUUGUUUAUCCUCCAGAGGCUUUUGACAGAGUUAAGUAGUCAGUGCUUGGGAGCAUGGGCUCAGUGCCAGGCUGGUUCAACAUUUUUUGAUCCCACAUUAGCAGAAUUGCAUCGAAAAGCAACUGGUUUCUAUUUUGACUGUGUGCUUGGAAGUUGUCCAGGGGCCCCAGAUGAUGGUCUGUCCUUAAAAUUGAAUGGAGAUGCCCUGAAUUCUUUAAGUUUGCCAGGGAUUUUGGAGAGGGAGAUAUCUGACAUAUUUUGUGUUAGAUUUGAAUUUUGUAUUUCAAAUGCAUCACAUGAGGUUAGGCUUGCAGCCUUGAAAGGGCUUCUGCGCUUCUUGAAAUCAAUAGCAUCUAAGAUUAUCCAUAUCGAUCAUGGAGACCAUAUUGACAAUAUUGUUAAUUGGUUUAAUAUCAAUCUUCAUCCUACAUUGAUGCGGCUUUUAGAUGUUGAAGAUAAUCCAAAGUGUGUCUGCUACAUUCUUAAGAUUAUUUUCUGCUGGAGCUGCUUGCAGUUUCUAAAGUCAAAUGAGUUCUACUACCAACAAAGCACUGGUAUUGACAAUAUGAACUUGGGAUCUUUGUCACAGUUAUGGGACAAACUGAUAUCUAUCAAGGAAACUGCAAAACAUAUCAAGACUCAGGAAAUCUUAAUAUGUUGUAUGGGUGUAUGUGUGAAGAAAUGGACAAUGUUGUUCAGGAACUUGAUGCAAUUUAAUGGUGCGGAACUGAUCGACUCUUCUAUUGCUGAUAAGGAUGAAGCCUGUACAAUAAUUUUCAAUGCCAUUCAUUAUUUUGUAAUGCAAGUGAAACAUUGUAGUUCAUCAUCCAAGCCUGUAAACAUGAGGAAGGCAGCAGCUGAUGCCUUGGUGGCUUCUGGGCUGCUCGAGGAAGCUGUAUGGGUCAGUUCUGUCAUCUCCAACAACCAAAUGGUUACAAAAGUACAUGAGCGAGCCACUUGUGAUGAUAGAACUUUGAUGGAGCAAUCAAAUGCUUUAAAUCUUUAUGCCAUCGAUAUUUUGGAUUCAUGGUUCACAUGCGUUGCAUUACUUGAGGAUGAGGAUGUUGGCCUUAGGCAGACACUUGCCAUGGCAGUCCAAAAGUGUGUCCAGCCCAGGGGUACUGUAGAAAGUGACCAAACUGAGGCUGUUCCGAUACAAGUUGAAAAAGUGAUUGAAUUAAGUUUUCAUUUUCUGUCUUCCAUUUUUGGUCACUGGCUUCCUUAUAUUGAUUGUUUGUUAAAAUGGGCUUCAGUUGACCCAGGAAGCUACCCUCUAGGAUGUGGAAAUCUUGUUCGUCGUGUAUUUGACAAGGAGAUUGAUAAUCACCAUGAAGAAAAGCUUCUGGUAUGUCAGAUUUGCUUCUUUCAUUUGGAAAGGCUCUUGGGUCACAAGUCUGUUCUGAAGGCAAAUGAGGGAAUUGAGGAAAGUUGCAUGCAUGCUCAUUCUUGUACAGCCAUUCCGAGCUUCUUGUGUAAGCGAAGGAUGGAAAUACUUGAUCAGACAUUGUCUUUAAUAAACGAUCUCAUUAAAACUGAGACUGGUGCUAACUGGAUUGGUGGCAUAGGUAAUCACAAAGAUGUGUUUAUACCACUGUAUUCAAGUUUACUUGGCCUUUAUGCUUUGUCCCAUGUGAAAGGGAAAGGCCAAGGCCAAUUGGAUGGAGAAACGGACCAGCAAUCUCCUCUAAUGGCUGGCAUAAUAGCACUCGACGAGAUUAUUUCUCCAUUGCUAAGGAAUCCAUUGAUAGCUAACAUGUACCUUUUAGUGCAUCAGUCAUAUGAAAAAUUGUUAGGCAUUGCAUUGGAUACCUCAGAAUACAAAAAGAAGGUCGGACACUUGGCUUGGGAAGGGUUUGAUCCUUACUUUUUGUUGAGAUGAUAUUCAUAUUUUAUGGUCAAAAGCUACGAUGAUGGGGGCUAACCUGUGGAGAUGGGGAGGGCGGCUGCUGAUGACGGCUGCUUGAGAAAGCUGUAUGGAUUAGUUCUAUCGUCUCCAACAACCAAAUCCUUGCAGAAGAAAUGCAUCAGUGAGCCAAUAGUGAUGAUAGAACUCUAACAGAGCCAUCAAAUGCUUUGAAUCUCUAUGCUGUUGAUAUUCUGGAUUCACGGUUCACAUGUACUUGAGGAUGAUGAGGUUGGCCUCCAGGAAGCGACUAGCCAUGGCAGUCCAAAGGAGGUAACAAAACUGUGUUGUUCUACUGUAAGUUGAACGACUGAAUUGAUCUUUCGAGUUUUGGUUGCUGGCUUCCUUAUAUUGAUUGUUUCCAAAAUGGGCUUCAGUUGAUCUGGAUAACUACUCUAUACGCAGUGUAAAUCUUCUUUCUCGUAUCUUUGACAAGGAGGUUGAUUGAAGAAAAAGCUUCUGGUGUACAAGAUACACUUCUUCCGUUUGGAAAGGCUCCGGGGUCACCGCCUUUACCGUAGGAGGAUAAGAAAACUGAGGAAUGCUGUAUAUCUAUUUAAUCAGGCACGAUAAUUCUAUAUUAUUACGUAAUUGAGCGGCGAGUAUGGGACGGAAGACUCAACUCUGCCUGAAGAUUAAAGAUGGUCAUGUCUGCGGGGGCAGCUGAGACCUCGCUUUGCAUCUUGCCGCAACAGUGUGGACCAUUCCUGUCAUGGUGAUCCAUCCACGUCCACCAUCACUUUCAACUUCAAGGCGGUGACAGGCCAACGGCAUCAGCCAUGCACCACUCUCUAUUUCACCGUGUUCAAGAACAACUGUAACGACAAUCAGGGCCAGGGUAAAUGCAGAAUUACUAGGAGCAUCAGAUAGUCUAAAGGCACCAUCUUCCUCUGAGCUAUGAAGGCCCCUCAUCAAUUCUUCGGAGAUAUUCUUAGUGCGUCCAUGUGAUCCAUCGCCAUAAAAAGGAUUGCGGAUUUUGGUCUCCUUUUAAAUUCAAGUGCACUAAUGUAAGCAUUACGUUUCCUACCUUCCUAGUGAGCGGAACGACGAGGCCCUGUGGCCCAAAGCUAUAUUGGUAUUAGGGUAAGUUUAAGUUUACGGUACACCUGUCAAAUGGGAAUGCUGUGUCUACCACCAUUUGCAGUUCAAGAAGUAGCACUUAUGAAAAUUGAAUUGGCGAUGUGCGACUGUCCACUUUACCAGAUAUACUAUACUCUUCAUGACAAUGGCUGCCUAUAUCAAAAUGUUGAAGAAAACCAUCUGUUGUAAGGGCUUCACGGCUUAGAAACCUAAGGCCACUUCCUGUAGGGGCAUCUUUGUUAUUCCAAAAAGUUUUUGUAUACAUUAAGUUAAGUCGGAUCUUCCUAGGUCUGACUGAAAGCCCAAGCAAACCCUUGGCAGCUGCGCUCAAUUCAGAAAGGAGAUUUAAGAUGUUUUAAUUAUAUUUGAAUGGGUAUUGUGGAGGCAAGUUGGUUA